AUGAACCCUAACCCUGAUAUCAGGCAGACCAUGAACCCUAACCCUGAUAUCAGGCAGACCAUGAACCCUAACCCUGAUAUCAGGCAGACCAUGAACCCUAACCCUGAUAUCAGGCAGUCCAUGAACCCUAACCCUGAUAUCAGGCAGACCAUGAACCCUAACUCUGAUACCAUGAACCCUAACUCUGAUAUCAGGCAGACCAUGAACCCUAACCCUGAUAUCAGGCAGACCAUGAACCCUAACCCUGAUAUCAGGCAGACCAUGAACCCUAACUCUGAUAUCAGGCAGACCAUGAACCCUAACCCUGAUAUCAGGCAGACCAUGAACCCUAACCCUGAUAUCAGGCAGACCAUGAACCCGUAA